CCAAAUAUGAUCGCCCAUACUAGUUUGAGAGUGUAGUCACUAAAAAGUGACCUCACCUCACCUUCAAUGCUUCACUUGGUUUGGUUCCUCCUCCCAACACCGCAGCACACGCACAUCUCCACUACUUCGGACCCCAGUAGGUAGUAGCCCUCCCACCUCCACUAUACAAUUAAGCUCAGCAGUUCGCACCAAUCCCCCUCUCCUCUCUCUCUCUCUCCUCUUUUAGCUCCACAACAAUGGCAACAGUAGCUCGACUCUCAAGAAAAGCCCUAAAACUCACCCCCACUUUCUCUCUCUCCUCUCACAUAAGGCCCAUCUCCUCCGCGGCCGCCGCCACCGUGCAAUCGUACCACCAAUCUCCCCCACCGACGAAGCGCGAGAUCGUCGAAUCACCAGAUCGCGUGAAAUGGGACUACAGAGGUCAGCGAUUGAUCAUUCCUUUAGGUCAAUGGAACCCUAAAAUUGCUGUUGAUGCGUAUGUUGCGCCCAAUGUCGUACUUGCUGGUCAGGUUACUGUCUACGAUGGCGCCUCCGUUUGGAAUGGCUCUGUCCUUCGCGGCGAUCUUAACAAGAUUAGCGUCGGAUUUUGCUCCAAUGUUCAGGAAAAGUGUGUUCUCCACGCUGCUUGGUCGUCUCCUACAGGUCUACCGGCUGAGACAUCCAUUGACAGGUUUGUUACUGUUGGUGCAUAUUGUCUCCUAAGAUCAUGCACAAUCGAGCCAGAAUGCAUCGUGGGACAGCACUCCAUUCUCAUGGAAGGUUCUUUGGUGGAGACUCAUUCAAUCCUUGAAGCUGGUUCUGUUGUUCCUCCAGGUAGAAGGAUUCCUACUGGUGAGCUUUGGGCGGGUAAUCCUGCCAGAUUUGUGAGAACCUUGACUCAUGAAGAGACGUUGGAGAUCCCUAAGCUUGCUGUUGCAAUUAAUGACUUGAGCAAAAGUUACUUCUCUGAGUACCUUCCUUACUCCACCGUAUAUUUGGAGGUUGAGAAGCUAAAGAAGAAGUUGGGGAUUAAUAUUUGAAUUUAUUUUUGGUUUAGGAGAUUUCAUGUUUCAUUGUAUUAAUCAACAUCAUCUCUGAAAUAAGCAGAUCAUGACUCCUUUUGCAUGAUUUUGGAGUAGUUGUUCUGUACUUUUGACAAGCUCUGUACGAGGUGUGGAAGUUAUAGUUUAAAGUGCUAAACGGAUGAUACAGAUGAAACAUGGAUCUUGCCAUGUAGUAAUUUGUAGCGUUUUUGCCAUCAAUAUUUUUGGUCUAUGAAUUGGAUUACAGUUGCUGAA